CGUAUAUAUGUGUGUUUCUGUUGUGUCCCAGAAAGAAAGAGAUGGCUCCAAGUCCGUCGGCUGUGUGUAAGUGUGAGUGUGAGCGUAUACAUAGCUCCGACACUCCACACACUCCCCAACACACACAAUACACACCAUGGAUGAACACAUUCAAUGGUCAUCGUAUUGCUGGAGCGCCUCCAACUCGUCAACCAGCCACUUCCUCUCCCCUUCAAUCUCCUGCAGCCGCUUCGGCAGAUCGUGCAGAGCCUCAGACAGGGACAGAUCAGCACACAGCUGCAGCAGCUUGCGGCAAGAAUGCAUCUAAGCCACGCACGACACACAGACAGAGAUGCUGCGCUGUGUUGUCGCGGUGUUUGCUGCCUCUGCACUUACGAUGCUCUCAGCCGAGAUCUUGAUGAGCAGGUUCUUCUGCAGUGCGUCAUUGAGCGCUCCCUCGGCAGUGUUCAGCUGCAAUGCACACACACCACACAGACGCCACAGAUCCAUUGCUGAUGAAUCGGAUGGCCCGUCCGUGUGGGGCGGAUCCUUUUCUCUGCACCAUUCUCACCUUGAGAUGCCUCAGGAUGCGCUGAUAGCUCUGCACCAGAUUCGCCACCAAGGCGUCCACAUUUCCAUGCGCUCUUUCGCGUAACUCGUCCUCGUCCUCCAU